GUAGUGAGCGACAGGAUGGUGUUUCCAUAUCUAAAUAUUGCUCUUUUCAUGUUACAGGGUGUAUUUUCAGAUUUGUAUGUGGUAAAAGGAACUGGAAUUGGCCAUGAGAUUGUUUCUGUGCAUUUGCUUGAGCCACAAUUUGAACACAUGGCAGAUAAGAUUGUUUUAACUGUAGCAGAAGCCAUGUCUCUCGAUCCUCCCUCGCCCGUAUUUGUGCUUAUUGGUGCUACUGUUCAUUAUUGUCUUAAAGUUAUUCGUGGGAAUAUUCCUCAAGUGGUAACUUUACCAUCUCCUUUCCACUGGUGGUCUGUUUUGAACUCUUCGGUUGCUCAAGUGGACACAAUGAUGGGUUUUGCUCAUGCACUGAGCUUAGGGGUUACAUCUGUCAUUGUUGAGGAUACCAGGGUUGCUGGUCACACACAAAUGUCAUCUCUCCAUGUUGUUGUACCUGAUACUUUACAUCUAUACAUGUUACCUCUGUCUCAUUAUGGUGAUCCCAUUGAUGAAACAAACCCUAUUCCAUCUGUGUCACGUUGGUAUGUUGUUUCUGGCAGAAAUUAUCUUAUUCUCAUGAAGGUUUUCCCACGAGGACCUGGUGCAAAAGAAAUCUAUAUUACGGAGAAUGAUGAUGUUAAGUUGCAUGACGAUCAGUCCGGUUUCUGGAAUACUCUCCCAAUUUCAGAUGAUAUUGCUGUUAAACAUGCGUUGUCCAAUUCUAGAAUCUUAGAAGCAACUUCAUAUGGACUAGGAAAGCUGACGGCAACUUUAACGUAUAGUACUGGGGUAGAUGGAACCAAGGAGGUCCUCAAGGUUGUGCAAGAAAUUAUGGUCUGCGAUCAAGUGAAAUUCAUUAUCGACAGUACAGAUGUUGUAACUCAAAGUAUUCUCCUUCCUUGGGCCCCCACUGUCUAUCAGGAGUUGGAACUAAAGGCAACAGGAGGUUGUGCAAAAGUGUCCAGCGACUAUAAAUGGUUUUCCACAGACAUGGGUAUUGUAUCAGUAUCUGCCUAUGGGGUUGUGCAGGCAAAAAAGCCUGGUAAAGCUACCAUCAAAGUAGUAUCCAAUUUUGAUCCAUUCAAUUAUGAUGAGGUGAUCAUUGAGGUUUCCAUCCCUUCUUCUAUGGUUGUGUUGCCGAACUUUCCAGUAGAGACCACUGUGGGGUCACAUCUUCAAGCUGCUGUGACAAUGAAAGCAUUGAAUGGUGCCUACUUUUAUAGAUGUGAUGCUUUUAGUUCCUCUGUGAAGUGGAAAACUGGAAGUGAAUCCUUCACAAUUGUCAAUGUGACUGGAGAGUCGUUUGUCGUUGACAUGCUAUAUGGCCCUCCAUGUGCGUGGACCUAUGUUUAUGCUUCUAGUUCUGGUCACACUAUGUUACAUGCAACGCUGUCUAAGGAAUAUCAACACUUUGAUCAUUCUUUUAGUGGGCCGGUUAUUUUGAAAGCCUCCUUGCGCAUUGCAGCAUAUCCAUCACUUCUUGUGCAUCAGGUAGGUGACGGAAAUCAAUUUGGUGGUUACUGGUUUGAUUUGGCUCAAGCUGAAGCCAAUAAUCAGCUGGGAAAUUUGGAGGACUUAUAUCUUGUCCCUGGCACACAUUUGGAUGUUAUGCUUCGUGGAGGACCAGACCUGUGGGGCCAAGGUGUUAAGUUCAUUCAAACUGUGGAAACUCUAGUAGAACAUACUCUUUUUAAAGAUGGCGUUGUUGUCCAUCAAAUAUCUACCAGUUUUUCUAGUCCUUACAGAAUUUCAUGCCAAAAACUGGGAACCUUCAGAAUUGUUUUCAAACGUGGAAACUUGGUUGGAGAUGACCAUCCUCUGCCUGCUGUAGCAGAAGUGGGACUGUCGCUUAGAUGCAGCUUUCCUUCCACUAUUGUACUAAUAGCUGAUGAACCUGCGAAUAAACUUGAUGUUAUUUGGAGUACAAUUCAAGCCGACCGUGGUCAAGGGCGAGUGCGUGCUACUCCUAUCACUGUAGCAAAUGGGCGCACUAUUCGAGUAUCUUCAGUAGGUAUAAGUGAUUCUGGAAAAGCUUUUGGAAACUCAUCUGCUCUCCAUUUAAGUUGGGAACUCAGCAAUUGUGAUGGUUUGGCAUCUUUGGGUGAUGCCUAUGAUUUAGCAACAUCCAAAUCCAGCUGGGAGAGGUUUUUGUUAUUGCAGAAUGCGUCAGGAUUGUGCAUUGUUCGUGCUACUGUUUUUGGGUUUUCUGAUAACAUGGUUGAUGAUCAUUCUACUGUACCAUUUGAAAACUUGGAGAGUAAUCUUACAGAUGCUGUACGUUUACAGCUAGUUUCUACUCUAAGAGUCAACCCGGAAUUCAGUUUGUUAUUCUUCAGUAAUGAUGCUCAGCUAAAUCUCUCAAUCACUGGAGGAAGCUGUUUUUUGGAUGCUGUUGUUAAUAAUUCUCAAGUUGUAGAAGUGAUUCAGCCACCAUCAAGUUUACAAUGCUCGCAGUUAGUACUGGCUCCUAAAGGGUUGGGAACUGCACUUGUUACUGUUUAUGACAUUGGACUUUCACCUCCACUUGCUGCUGCUUCUGUGGUUCAAGUUGCCGAGGUGGACUGGAUUAAGAUCACUUCACCGGAAGAGUUAAGCCUUAUGGAAGGAAGUUUGCAGUCUAUUGAUUUUUUGGCUGGAAUUGAUGAUGGAAGUACUUUUAGCUCUUCCCAGUACAUUUACAUGAGUAUUCGUGUCCAUAUUGAGGAUCAUGUAGUGGAGCUUGUAGAUAGUGAUGAUUUCCCAAGUCUUAUUGAUGGAUAUGUGAAGGCACAAAAUUUCAUAAUUCGGGCUAGACAUAUUGGGGUUACCACUCUUUAUGUCAGUGCACGACAACAAUCUGGGCAAGAAAUAUUGAGUCAGCCCAUUAAGGUUGAAGUCUACGCACCACCUACACUUCAUCCUAGUGAUAUUUUUUUGGUACCAGGUGCUUCCUAUGUGCUUACUGUGAGAGGAGGCCCAACCAUUGGUGCCUAUGUGGAGUAUGCUAGUAUUGAAGAUGGGACUGCAACAAUUCACAGAUCUUCAGGACGACUGUCUGCAGUUUCACCUGGAAAUACUACUGUAGUUGCGACAGUGUAUGGCAAUGGAGAUAUCAUGAUUUGUCAGGCACAUGGCCAAGUCAGAGUUGGGAUCCCUUCUUCUGUGAAAUUGAAUGUACAGAGUGACCAGCUAGCUGUUGGUCGUGAGAUGCCAAUAUUUCCUUAUUUUUCUGAGGGAAAUUUGUUUUCCUUUUAUGAGCUCUGCAAGAAUUACCAGUGGACUAUAGAUGAUGAAAAGGUAUUGAUUUUCAAAGUUGCAGAGCACUUACAUGAUGACGAGUAUGGGAUCCCAACUGCUAGACUGAAGGAAAUUACAUCCACCAGCUAUUUGCAUGAGAAAGACCUUGGUUUUAUUGAAGUGUUAUAUGGAAGAUCUUCCGGCAGAACAGAAGUUGCAGUAUCAUUCUCUUGUGAUUUUAUUUCUUCUGGUUCAUUCUCACAGUCGAUGUCUUACACUGCAUCUACAUCUUUAUGGGUGGUACCUGAUCUUCCUCUUGCUCUUGGAGCACCAAUGACUUGGAUCCUUCCUCCUCAUUACACUUCAUCAAAUCUUUUGCCUUCAUUUUUGAGUUCAUACAGCCAAUACGAUGCUCAGAGUCACAAAGGAACAAUAUCUUAUUCUUUGUUGAGACAAUAUGGUGGAAAGAACGAAGAGGUGCAGAAAGAUGCUAUAUCAAUAGAUGGGGAUAGAAUAAGAACGAUGGAGAGUAAUAAUCUUGCAUGCAUUCAGGCAGAAGAUAGGUCAACUGGAAGACUUGAAGUUGCGUCUUGCAUUAGGGUUGCGGAGGUGUCUCAAAUAAGAAUAACCACCAAGGACGUUCACAGAAUUGAUCUUGCUGUUGGUGCUGAACUUGAUCUUCCAAUAAGCUAUUACGAUAUCCUAGGAAUCCCUUUCCAUGAGGCUCAUAAUGCCAUUCUCUUUAAUGCUGAGACUAACUAUCCUGAUAUUGUCUCCAUUAAUGUUACUAGUGAUGGCAAUGGGAAUAUCCAACUUAAGGCAGUGCGACAUGGUAGAGCUCUUGUGCGAGUAUCAUUCAACAGUAAUCUGCAGAAGUCGGACUACAUUAUGAUUUCAGUUGGUUCUCAUUUAUACCCUCAGAAUCCAGUCCUCCGCCUUGGAAGUCAGCUCAACUUCAGUGUAGAAGGAUUAAAUGAUCUAGUGUUUGGCCAUUGGUUGAGUGCCAAUGAAAGUGUUAUAUAUGUGGACAUGAUGUCUGGAAAAGCUGAAGCCAUUGGGGAAGGUACUACUCGAGUGAUCUUUAAAAAUUCAAGUUUGAAACUGCAAACAGAAGUUACAGUGUUGAAAGGGACUAUUGUGUUUAUUGAUGCUCCCAAAGAGAUGUUAACAAAUGUUCCCAUCCCAGCAAAAGGAUAUAGCUUCCCUGUGAGGUUCAGUGAUGAUCAUUACCACAAGUCUGAAGCUCCUCUGAACGACGUGCAAGUCCUGUAUGACUGUAGAGUGGACCCACCUUUUGUCGGAUAUGCAAAGCCAUGGAAGGAUCUCUCUGGAAAUUCAUAUUGCCUCUUCUUCCCUUACUCUCCGGAGCAUUUAGUACAUUCUAUUCCCAAGUCAAAAGACAUGAGACAGGAUUUAUCUGUUUCUAUCCAUGUUUUGUUAAGAGGAGCCAAUCAUAUCUCUGGGUCUGCAUCUGCUUCUGCCCUCUUUGUUGGAGGGUUUUCCAUUUUAGAAAUGGACAAGAAUUCAAUGCGGUUAUAUCUGACACCAGACUCUAACCGUAGUAUUAUAACUAUUGUAGGGAAUACAGAUGUUGAAGUCCAGUGGCACGACUGGGAUCAACUGAUGAUCAAUCUCACCCAUAGAGAAGAUUUUGGGAUUGGAGGGCGUGCACAAUAUGAGGUCAAAGUGAUUCGGGCUCAAAAGUUCACAGAUAAAGUGAUCAUCACACUCCCAGCCAAUGGUCAAAGAGUGGAAAUUGAUGUUGACUAUGAACCUGGAGGGAAAUCAGCAUCAGCAAUGACUAGUAAUAUUACCUUUUGGGCGAGCAUACUCGGGUGCAUCACCCUUUUGGUAUUGACAGUGGCAAUCUUCAUUUGCUACCUGGACAAACCAGGUCGAUCUCGGCCGUACACUGUGCCUGCCACACCAAAUAUUGCUUGUCCGGUUACACCUGAUCGUA